UGUACACAAUCUAAAAGAAAUUUAACCAUCAUUGUACAUAAGCAAUCGUGUAACUCCUACGUUUUUAGUCAUCUCAUAGUUUUAUGAAUAUCUAUACAGUUUGCAAAAUGUGCUGGUUUGUUAUGUCAAAUAUAAGGUCUUUUUUACGUUGGAUCGUAUGGUGGUGGUAUUACUUCGCAAGUAGAUGUUGUGGUUGGAAUUGUGUCCGCACGAAUAAAAUUUACCUACUUGAUCCAGAAAAUGGGAAUAUCACAAACCAGUUCACCGACGCUUUUCGUCUAUUUGUUGACAGUAGAAUCAAAACGAAGUGUGUCCACACGUCUAAAGAAUGCGUAAAAGAUUAUCCAAUAGCUUUAUUGUGCAGACGACAAACAGACAGAGCAGAAGAGGAUAUUGGCUCCGUAUUAAAACAUCUACAUACGGAUGAGUUAUACGGACAAACUGUCGUUAUCUGCAUGCAUGUUAUCACCGAUACUAGAUACAAACCAUCGACACCGACAUGGAGAAGUAUCACUAAAUUUAAAGAACUUGGAAUCGUGGUAGACUUUGGAUUUAUUGCUAGAAAUUCCUUCAAAAAGAUUUAUGCUUGCAACUACAAAGGCAGCAUAGACUCUGAGAAUGCUUUUAAUAACUUUGUUCGGAAGAUGGGCAAUGCCCAAGAAGUAUGAAUAAUGUCGACACUCCUUAGCGGGAUUCGUAGACAUGUGGAUUAAAAUGUCUAUAUGUCGGUCCAGAAGUCAACAAGAGAAACUUUUACUUCAAUAAAUAUCUAAUCUAACAAAACUUGGAAAUGUGUUUAAGUACAUCUUUUGUUUAGCAAACACCAGGUUCUAAUAAAAUUUUAUGAAAAGGUAUGAUAUACAAGAAUGUAUAAUGACCUAACGUUAAACAAUUUCAUCAGGAAAAGUUAAUAUGAGCCAGAUAGAUAUGAUGCAUGUCAAAAGGAAGUUGACAGUUAUCGUACUGUUCAUGUUACUCAUGCAACCUAUCUAUAAAUACAUCUGUUUUGUUUAAGUUUUAUGAAAACAAAAAUCAAUUAAAUUAUUUUGGAGAUAAAAAAUAAUUCUUAAAAUUAUUUGCUAGUUAAUGAAUGUCUGUCACUGAAUGAUGAAAUUCGAACUACAUAUAUCCUUGAUAUUUCGGUAAAACUUAUAUAAAGAAAACAGUCUAUAAAUAAAAAAGAACCUGUUUUCUUUGAUCCUAUAUGGCAGACAAUUUUAUGUUGUAAUGAUAUACAUGUAUGUACUUGAUAUCCGGCUAACUGUGUUCUAUACUUAUUCCUGUGUUUACUAGAUACUUUGCUUUUGAUUGCUUUUAAAAUUCUAGUACAUGUACGUACAAUUUUAUUUCUAGAUUCAUUUAAAGUAGCUCUAACUUUCAAAAAUUGUGCUUGUGCUAGAAUAGAAUAUGGAACAACAUUUCCUCUAAAGUUUUGGAGGAGUCAAUGGAAAAAGAUAAUGCAUGUAAUCUGACGUUAUUUAUGUUUCUAUUGAAACAUACAUACAUACAUGAUACAUACAUACAAGUGGACUAUAUAUUGAUUAUUUUGUUUAUUCAAACAAUGGGAUUUAACUCAUGCGGAACUAAACUCGAAUGCGAAAGACCAUAAAUUGUACAAAAUUAAAUAAUUACAUUAAAGAGUUUUAAUUACGCCAUUACAAUAAACUUAAUUUUGAAAACAAUCUUUGUUUCACGUCUUGCCCCGUAAACAUCCAAAAUAUCAAUAUCAAUGUUUACGGUUUAUCUUUUCAAACAGAUUCAUAUGUAAUUUAGGCAUGAAAUAAAAUUAAAAUUUUGUUAUUUAUUUGUUGAUA